UUUUUACGCAUCAUUAAAACCAGGCUUAACUCCCUCCCUCUGAGCGCUGUCCCUCUCCGCCGACGCGAGCCCUCAGUGUCUGGAUUUAUGUUGAAGAUAGAUGGGCUAGAUGCCACACGUCAUAGGCUGACCGCCAGCAAAAGUUCAUAGUUCGAUUCCCAAUUCUCACCGUUUGUCGUCGUUCGGGCUCUUUUUUCCCUCCUCUGCUUGGAUACUAUUGACUUAGGCAUUGGAUAUGUGCACACAAGAUGAUGACAGCCCCUUUCCCCCUCGUAAGAGUAAAAUAAAAUAGGCUUUCGCACACACUGGAUUUACUCCUGUCGUUCCAUAUGAAGAAGUCAAAAAUUUGGAUACGUGUCUGUGUCUAUUUACUGCUGUUCGUCACUCUUGGGGUACAUUCAAGUAGUUUUGACGUCAACCCAGUGACAGAUGACAUCUCUAAGCUCUCUGUUUUGAGACAAAAUAUUCCUAGAGAUUACAAAAUUCCUGUACAUUUUGUUCCUAAAGAAGAGGGUGGGAUGUGUUGGGUUAAAUUAAACAUCUUCUACUUGGAGGAGAGUUUACAAGAUUUAGCGCAUAAGUUUGGAAACAUUUCAUCCAACAGAAAAGAUAUUAGCAUAUUCAUUCAAAUGCUCCAAGAACUGCGGCUCAACAUGGAUUCUCUGGAGCCGAUCAUGUACGAUUUUGAGUGCCACUACAGGGAAGAGAGGUGGCAGACGGCGCGAUACUUUGACUUUGUCAAAGACUUCCUUAUAGCUGCGCAGAAUAAAGAAGUUUCCGAUGACUGUAAUCCUCCUCCCUGUCCCACCACACCAUACACAGUAACUACAGAAAAAUAUUUAGAAGCAGAAUCGCCCACGUCCAGCAGCGAAGGCUUAAACUGUACGACAGGCUGCAAUCCACAACAGAGAUUGCUGACUGAGGUGGUGGAGCGAAGCCUUCUAUCCCUACUCUUCAUCCCACUCAUAGGCCUUGUAUUUCUCAUUGUGUGGAAGGUCAGGUCACGGAGGAACGAGCAGGCUCCUCAACAGAACCCUGUUGCAGCGGCAAUCUUCACAGGGACAGAAUGGAAUGGACCUCCACUGGAUGAAACAUCAGAAAAAAACAAGUUGAACGUCAUUGAAAUUGUGUAAUGCUGUUCCCCUCGAUGUUCUUCAGCAUAAUUGGGCUCUACUCUUUUCUCCUGUUGGUGUCCAGAGGUGACGGAAAAAAAAACUCAAGGCUUAAUUCCAUAGUGAGACCUCAGAAGUGAAAGGCCUGUUUUGGACUGCUCUCCAGAUUGACAAUGGCAGAUUCAAGAAAAAAUAAAUCAUGCCUGCUACCAUAUGGAUAAGCUUGCCUUUCUUUGUAAGACUGCAUUAACCAACCGCAUGCUUUUGAAAAAAGACUCAGAGAUUUUGUCAGAGAGAAACCCCUGUAUCACGCCUCCACUGGAUUCUCUGGCUCCUGCAAAUCGUCCAUCAGACCCUGCUGCAUCAUGAAUUAUUUUAGGGAAACGCAACGGAUUACUAUUGAGAUCAAUAAUGACACUCGGUUGUUAGGUUGGAGUGUGAACAGGACAAGCUGGCUGUGACCUAUCCCAUAGGCCCGUCCUGCUGCUGACUAGCUCACACUGACACAAGUUGGCAGGACACAAAGAUCUGUUUCUGUAGUCUCAGUAUUUCUAUCAUGUUCUUACAUUGUACUACAUCCAUUCUUUGGUUUUGUGCCUUGUUUGAUUAGCGAGAUCUGUGUGUGUAAAUGUCAAAAAGCCUGUCUAUGUUUCUAGUUGGUAGCAGACAGUGGAGAGAUCAUUACAUGGCAGAUUGAAAUAAUCUCAGCACAGUAACUCAGCAAGUAUGGUCUCCAAUCUCUCUCUCUCUCUCUCUCUCUCUCUCUAUUUUCUAUUUCUUCUAAAUUAACUCAAAACUAUGACUGUUUAGUUGGCUUGACCUGGGCCCAGUUAGGGUAUGGAAGACGAUCCUGGAAAAGCAGUGCUCCAGUAUGUGAAAACUCCUUCAUCGGUAGUACAGUUUGCAGUGGUUGGGACAUUUCUGGCCACUGUUACAUUUUAGCAAUUGUAACCUAUAGGAAACAGAUCUUCACGUAACUUGCUUGUAUCAUGUGUAUAUGGGACUAUAUGUUGGGACUUUUUGUGAUAGCAGAUGAGAGUAUAUUGUGCUAAAUUGAAUCUGUGUUUGAAAAAAAAACAGUAUACCACAUUGGUGUUCAUAUAGUUCAGAGCAACAGUACCUUUCAGCAUCAAUAGCUGGAAUUCUUUGGUGUGGUCAAGUAUUGUGUGUCAUGUUGAACUGCAAGAUAAUCUUAUUCAUUCCAAAAUCUGUCUUUGAAGAACACUCUAUGAACGUCCACUUAUUACUGGUGCCAUAUUCUCUAUGGCAAUUUAGAGCUGAGUCUGUGUUAGCAAAUGUAUACCACAUUGGUGUUCAUGUAGUCCACAGCAGCAGUACUUUUAGCAGGAAUAUCUGAAUUUAGUGGUGUAGUGAAGUACUGGAAAAAAUGUAAGCUUUUAGACGAUGACAUCCACGCAAAAAGGCAUUUUUUAACAAUAUUAGAACAUACUAUCUAUUACAAUUUAGACCUGAGCCUUUCUGUUAAGUCAAAGUUAGGUUUUGCUUUCUACAUGAAGACUGUUACAUGCAGUGCCCACUACUCUGAGACAUAGGCUAGUCUCGCCACAAACAAACUAACAGACAAGAUAUACUAUGUUAAACGUUGCUUUUCAUACAUAGUCUAUGAAUAUUAUGAGCUGCAACAGGUCUAAGCUGUGAACAAAAAAAUCGAUGUAUAAAUAUAUAUAUAUAUAUAAAUAUUUAUUUAUAUAAAUAUAUAUACAUAUAUAUAUAUAAAACAUGGUCUCCCAUUUUCCUGUCUGUGCAAGAGCCACAUACUGUAUGUCUGAUGCAUGAAUGCCAGAAAUCAAGCAAUUUCAUGCAUUCGUCAAGAGGAUGAGUGCCUUUAAAUACUGUUCGUAUGUGGGCUGUUGUGUGGUCUGAGUGUGAGCAGGGCCGCAUUCCGAACAGUGCUUUCGGGCUUGAGUGAUCCAUUCCAUCCCACUCCAGUGGGUGAAUCAAAUGGCUCUAGACAGGAAAUAAGUCUGGGUGCCAAAAAGCAAAUGUAAUUACUGCCUGGUUGGUAUUCUGGGUGAAAACUCUACUGUAUUCUGUAUUUUUGUAUAAAUGUAAACAAACAUAUAUAAGAUAUGAAUAAAGAACACGUAUCCAACUGUU